AUGGGGAAUCGAACAGCCCCCUACUAUGAUGCAAUGCAACUGGGUCAAGGAUUCAACUCAUUCACCCAGGAGAUCCUAGCCGAAGACGCUGUAUUCAUCGAGCGGCUACACGCAGAUGUCCCUUCAGCCUCGCACCUCUUCGAUGCCCGUUGGCAAAACGCACAGGUGGAUGGAAAUACUAGCAUUUCUGAGGCAAGCGGCUUCACCAGCGCAACACCAACCUCUACGCAAUGGAACCGCAUGCAGUCUGACUCCGGUGGGGCAGCGGAUGACGCUGGCCCUCGACCUGUCACCGUUAGGGAUCGCAAGACCCCCGUUAGGACAUUUACGUCUCGCUUCGUUGAUAGCUUGAGCGAGGUCAUCGCAGAGAUGAAAAUCUCCAGCGCCGUCCCUAUACUCAACGCAAGCCAACAAGGCUCCGAUCUCGGCCUUCCCUUUGACGUUCGCCCAUUUCUCGAAGCGGAUCUCAACUACUACCUUGGUGUCAAGGUAGUUACGCGCCAAGACCGGCCUGCUUCUGCCUUCUCCAUCCCUCAAGCUCUCCUAAGCAUACCCGACUUCCAUGAAAAGUUUGGAGACUGUUUCAUAUCAGGAUUCAUCGAGGGUGGGCAGCUGAGUGCGAUUGUUUCCGCGCAAAUCCCCAAUAAGAAAAAAAGAGCCGAAGUCAUGGCCAGUCUCGAUGCCGUUCUAAGCUUCCGCCAGGGAAAGUUCCGGCCCAUCGCUGGCGCAGUCGAAUCCGCCAUUCGUACUCUAACCGAACAUUCCAAGAUCACCGUGACGCUCUACAAACCCGGCGGCCGAUCCAUCGUCCUGGACGACGACCAGCCAACCGCCCUCCACUCGCUCCGCAACGCAGCGGCCAAGUUCCCCGAGCUGGCCGCCGACCAGCCCGAGCGCAUCUACGCCAUCCUCACGCGCUUCGAUAGCCUCAGUAGCUUCCACACUCCAGGCGGCGCCCACAGCCCGGUCUGCGUCCGAUACGACCACUGCGCGCUGUACGCCAACAUGCUCCUGGACGCCUUCGUCGAGUACAAGAACAUCGACCGGCAGCUGUCGGCGCACAUAGCGGCGGUCAAGGCCGGUUCGAUGCGCUUCGAGCCCGCGGCCUCUGGCGGAAAGCCGAGGUUUGCAAAUUCCUGGACCGGCACCACCAGGGCCAAGCGGGAAUGCAUGCGGCAGAUGAUCAAGAUCCUGAAGGAGGUGGAGGAGGUAAAGAAGAAUCCGGAGAUCGCGACGGUGGAGGAGCGGGAGGAGCCGUUUGAGGACCCGUUGAUCUUUGGCGAGUAUAUACCGCGCGUGGAGCCGGUGCCUGACCUGGACUUGGACGAGGAAGAGCAGGAGGCGUAUGGCCCUCUGUGUAGUGAUGUAAGAGGCGAGCUCCUUCCGGCAGAAAAGGCAAAGGUAGAGAAGCUCAGGGCAGAGAAUCCAGGCCUGGGAAAGCAGACCCGGAUGGACGUCCCUCGUGGCGCUGAGGGACCCGGGAAAGUUUUCUGCAGUCUGGACUACCUCAAGCCUGACUGGGUCCUCGCCGAGGUCAGCGUGAACGUCUGGAGAGGCGUUGUUUGUACUCUCAGGCUCCGAUACACCAACGGCCUAGUGACGACGUUUGGAAAAAUCGACCCGCGAGGCAGGCUGAUCCGGCUGAGGCUCAAAAUCGAGGCAAACGAGAAGAUUGUGGGAUGUUCUGUCGAGACCGGGCAAUCAGACUCCAUCGAUGCGAACCGAGUCCGUAUCACCGCCUUGCGUCUCUCGACAAAUCGAGGAUCUACGCUCGUUGGACAGUCGUCGGACUGGAAAGAGCCCAUACAGCAGUCUUCUACCCGCGACGGUGCCGCAUUUGAGGGGCUGCAGAUGGUCCACUUCGACCCUAUCCUGGAGGGUGGCUACUUGCACGGCUUCUGGGGCCAAACUUCGCCAGACGGAGGCUUGGAUCUUGGUUUCACGCGGAUCGCCCCCAUCUGGAGCAACGUGGAACAUCGUAUCUCGGGAAGCAUUGAAGCUUUGGAUGGCGUGGAGGAAUAUCUGGACAGAGAGGUGAUUCCGAGCGGCGUGUGGGACACCUACAAAGUCCACGACUGUCAUUCUUUGAUGCCACGCACUCCGUCAAUCAUCCAGUACGAAAACCCGUUUCCAGACAGACAAAUGCCACUGAUACUGGCGGGGUUUCGGAAAAUGGACACUUGGCAUGGAGCGAAUAUGCGCUUCUCAGCCAGCAUAGACUUCGUAACCAAUAAGGAAUUCAGCAUCGGCGUCGAUCAAUGGUCGAACUCCUUAUUCUACGGGUAA